AGUACUCCUGUGGAGACAGAAGAACCAGUAGAAAAUAACCAGAGGAUGGGACCUGCUAAACCAGAACUCUGGGAGUAUUGUUGGGGAACGUCAGGAAGCCGGAGGUGGACCGUGUGAGCUCCAUGAUUACCUUCUCCCAUAAAUCCACGUUUUUCUGUUGGGUUUGAGCGGGACAAACAUCAAUGAAAGAACUUUGAACCGCGGUGAAAUUCCAGACAUUCCUCCGACCUCUACAGUGACUGUUUGUCAUCACAAAGUCAAUCAUUUCCAUCCUGGCAGCUGAUGGGAUCCAAAGCUCAGCCACUCUAUUUGUGUCCGUUUGUGUCUGAUGUCAAAGACUUUAAAGUUUUAAAAAGAUCUGUGAGUCACACAUUUUUCCUUUAAUCUUCUCCAGUUGAAUUCCAACUACGGCGAUUUUUCUAAGUGUUUGCAUUUCACAUGAUACAUUAUCAGCAGACACUUUCAUGGCCUGAUGCUGCCUUCUGCUGCAACAAACACACAGUUUUAGUGUCAACGUUAAGCCAAAGAGUUUGGGAGAAAAUAAAGUUGUUCCUCCUGCUCUUCAGUGACUGAACAGAACAUCAUUCACUGUCCUAAAAUGACCCCUAAAGAGGAUCAUCUUCAUUCCUUUUCAGAAUAAAAAGCUCGUUCAAAGCGACUGCUCAAAGUGGGAAAGACGUCUGUUUUCAGCAGCAGAGUUACGUUCUAGCUGCACCAAUGCUGUGUCACCAAAAGAGAAAACUGCACAUUUUACAGCUGUAAACAGAGCUGAGAAUCUAAGCCCCGCCUCUUUUCCUGUUACUUUUUUAAGGCACAUUUCUAUUUUCAGCUCCUCAUUUGUUCUAAAAAUAGAUCCUAACUUAAGCCCCUCCCCGAGCUGGGAAUUUCCAGACAGCAGGUGUUUAGUAUUUCAGCCGUGAGUGCUUGCACACACUCCAUCUCCAAGACGUGCAGACGAGCCUCUUCAGCUCUGUCACAGAGACGCUCGGACAUCAGAAGCACGAUGACAAACAGCAAAGCGUGCCUGGCAGCGGCUCUGUGCUCCCUCCUCUUCCUCUCCACCUUCCUCAGCAGCGCCCAUUCAGCCAGCUGCUGCUUGAGCUACAGCAGGCGCCGGCCGCCCUGCAAACUCCUUCUGGGCUACAGCAUCCAAACCAUCACCGGUUCCUGCGACCUGCCCGCCGUCAUUCUCCACCUUCCAGGGAAGUUCCUGUGUGCAGAUCCCAGCAUGAGAUGGACCCAGAAGCUCCAGCUCUGUGUGGAGGAAAGGAAGAGGAAGGCUGCUCAGGUCCUCAACACCUCUGCAGACUAGAGUUCACAACUCAGCGGUCUGGAGGAAAGCUUCCCCGGCAGCUCUGCAGUUUUCUGCUGGCUUCAGCGCAGACAUCCAGGAGCUGGAGUGGGACCCUUCCCUAUUUCUGUUCUGUUUUAUAAACAGAGAAGUGUAGUGUUCGAAUACACAGUUGGCUUAAAGACUCACUAAAAACUUUGUGCUGAGAUUUGUCCGCUCCGGCGUCUCUGUGCUCUAAGAUCAAGUAAGAAAGAACUUUGUUUGUAAAAAGUGACCUUUGUGUUUGUAAAAGAUUUUAAUAAAGAAUCCUUUUAGUAAAA